AUGUCGAAGAAGAAGGCUUUAAAGACAGAUCGAGUGAAGAAAGAAGAGCCCAGAUCGAAUCGACAGGAUCGCAGCAAAAAAAAGAUCGUGAGACCGAUCAAGUUCGUGGAAGAGGCUCCAGAUAUGAAGAUGGAAGGCUGGCAGCUGGAUCAACUGGCGCAAGGGUUCCAUUGGAAGGCGCUCAAAAAAUUGCUAUCGAGCGACCCCGUGCUAAGGAUACUGAAUCCCAAGAUGAUCGGAGAAAUUCAAGGCCCGAUAUCUCUACCUAAGGCGGCAACUAAUCCGCUGGAAGGGAUCAACGCGAUCAUCCAGAUACUACAAGAUGCUGAAUACGUCGCUGGGGCAUUCGAUGCAAGCAAAUUGCUGGAAUGCGAUCAGGAUAGGUGA